AUGUAUUUCCUCAGAGCUGCUGUCGUGGCCAUUGCGCUGCAACUUUCGGGUGUUGCGAACGGCGAUGUUAUCGAAGACCGCAUCCUCGCAAAAAUCUACGGCGUCGCCACCAAAGGCAAAACCAAUGGCGUAGUCCCCACCCCCACCGGAUGGCCCGAAUAUGUGAUCGGCACCGCCACCUCCUACACCUACCAAUCCUCCGGCGCCUGGACCACCGGCUUCUUCCCGGGCACCCUCUGGCUCCUGUACCAGCGCUCGCUCACCAAGACGCUCAAAGUAUCGUCCGCGGAGCUGCUGUCGCUCGCGCGCACGUGGCAGGCGCCGCUGCGCGCAAACAAGGACCGCACCGACACGCACGACCUCGGCUUCAUGAUCCAUGACUGCUUUGGGUGGGAUGCGAUCCUGACGGGCAAUGCGACGGCGCGCCAGACGGUGCAUGAUGCGGCGAUUGCGCUCAGCCAGAGGUAUAAUAGCGUCACAAAGACGAUUAGGAGCUGGGGGAGCAUUAGUGAUACGGGCAGCUUUACGGUCAUUAUUGAUAAUAUGAUGAACCUGGGAAUGCUCUACUGGGCCGCCCAACAAUUCGGCAACACCACCCUCUCCGACAUCGCCACCUCGCACGCCACCACCACAAUGAACAACCACUUCCGCACCGACGGCAGCACCUGGCACGUCCUAAACUACAACCAAGUCACCGGCGCCGUCACCGCAAAAUACACCAACCAGGGCUACUCCGACUCCUCCACCUGGGCCCGCGGCCAGGCAUGGGCCAUCUACGGCAUGGUCAGCGCCUACCGCUGGACCAAAAACACCGCAUUCCUCGACACCGCGAUCAAGGCCGCUGACUACUUCCUUGCCGGCCUCCCCGCGGACGGCGUCCCGUAUUGGGAUUUUAAUGCCCCCGUCACGGGAUUGAGGGAUACGUCUGCCGGAACGAUUGUGGCGAGUGGGUUGCUGUAUCUGGUUGAGCAGGCGCCGGCGUAUAAGGAUAAGUAUUUGCAGAGAGCGAUUGACCUCAUUGAUGAUACGAUUGCGCUGAGUCAGUCGCCGCCGGCGGUCUAUACGGCGAGUCCGUUUGCGGUGUCGGAUAUUGGGUUUAAUGCUUUCCUUAUGAACGGCACGAUCGAUAACAAUCCGGCAAAGACACACACGGCCGCGAGCUCAAACACGGGGCUGGUGUACGGCGACUACUACCUCAUUGAGGCGCAGAACCGACUUCUUGGGAUGGGGCUGCUGGCUGCGUGA